GACAUGUUGCUGUAGAAUUGACGUUUGAAAAUAAAUAAAACAUUUUGUAAACUUUUCACAUUAGAAUUUCUAAGUUUGUUGAAUUAAAAAAAAAAAUCAAUUUAAAAGUAUAUAAGUCAAUAAAAGUUAAUCAAGAUGCCACAAGAAGAAUUUCAUGGGGGUCCUAGUGAGACUCCAAGUUCACAAAGACUUACCAAUGAUGAUUUUCGGAGAUUAUUAAUGACUCCAAGAGUAGCUCCAUCGUCUGCACCAGCAGCUGGAUCAAUUCGUGAAGCAAUGAGUCAGGCAACAUCUAUGGCACCACCAAAAUCUGAAGACCGUGCAGAAUUACGACGUAAAAAGAAAAGUUACUAUGCUAAAUUAAAGAAACAAGAAGAUGAUAAAAUGGCUGAACUAGCUGAAAAAUAUCGUGAUAGAGCUCGAGAACGUAGAGAUGGUGCUAAUCCUGAUUAUCAAAGUGAAGAUCCUUUGAAUACUGCAAGUGCUUAUAGAGCUGUAGCACCCGAUUUAAAAUCGGGUAUGGAUGCAGCUGAACGACGACGUCAAAUGAUUCAAGAGUCAAAAUUCUUGGGUGGUGAUAUGGAGCAUACUCAUUUAGUAAAAGGAUUAGAUUAUGCUUUGCUGCAAAAAGUACGAUCUGAAAUUAUUACCAAAGAACAUGAACAAGAACAACAGUUAGAAGAAUUGGCUAUGAAAUCAAUGGAUGCUGAAAUUGCUGCUGUCAAGGAUAAAGACAAAAAAAUCAUACCGGAAAAAGAGGAGGACGAAAUGCAAUUCGAAACAAAAUUGGGUAGAAACAUCCAUCGGACAAUAUGUGCAUUAAAAUCACGUCAUAUUGAGCGUAACGAAUUAUUUGUAGCUGGACGUAUGGCAUACGUGAUUGAUUUGGAAGAGGAAAGUGACACGGAUAUACCAACAACAUUGAUACGUUCCAAAGUAGAUAUCCCAGCAUUAGAUUCGACACCUACUUUAACCACAAACGAUAUUGUUAUCAAUAAAUUGGCACAAAUUCUAACAUACCUUCGACAAGGUAAUCGACAUAAAAAUAAGAAGGGUAAAAAAGAUAAAGGAAUACUUUUACGACCGGAUAAUGAACGACCGAAUAUUGAUGAUAGUAUUUAUGGGGACAUUGGUGAUUAUGUACCAUCAACAUCGUCAAGUCGAGACAAAGAUCGGCGUGAUAAAGACCGUCGUGAUAAUGAGAUAGAACGCGAUGAACGUGGUAAACAUAACUAUUUCGAGAAAUCUUCAUCCGAACAAAAUGAGAAGAUGACAUCAAACGCGCCACAAGUAUCUUCUAGAUCAGCGAAAUUAUUAAGUCGUUUAGCACAAGAACCUGAAGGUUAUGCUGAAUGUUAUCCUGGUUUAGAUGAAAUGCAAGAUGCAAUCGAUGAUUCGGACGACGAAGUUGAUUAUACAAAAAUGGAUUUGGGUAAUAAAAAAGGACCGGUUGGACGUUGGGAUUUUGAUACACAAGAAGAGUAUUCUGAUUAUAUGAAUAAUAAAGAAGCUUUGCCGAAAGCAGCAUUUCAAUAUGGUGUAAAAAUGGCCGACGGACGGCGUACACGGAAACAUAAAGAUAAAAAUGAGAAAGCUGUGUUGGAUCGUGAAUGGCAACAAAUUCAGAAUAUUAUUCAAAAACGAAAAGGACCAAAAGAUGACGGUCCCGAAUUUAAAGUACCCAGAUAUUAAAUUUUAUUCGAA